AGCAACACUAGCGACAUCUGAAAUCUUUUACAUUGCGGUGUCUACCUUCUGCCAGUUUUUAUUGAAGGCCUUGGAAUAUUCGGAUCCAAAAUGACGGAAGGGACAGCGACGAUCAGAACCAGAAAGUUUAUGAGCAAUCGCCUCUUAUGCAGAAAGCAAAUGGUCGUGGAUGUUAUCCACCCUGGACAGCCUUCCAUUCCGAAGACGGUGGUCCGGGAAAAGCUUUCGAAGAUGUACAAAGCUGCUGCUGACACCAUCUUUGUGUUUGGUUUCAAGACUGCCUUUGGUGGUGGCAAGUCAACCGGCUUUGGACUAAUUUAUGACAAUCUCGACUACGCCAAGAAGUUUGAGCCCAAAUACCGCCUAGGAAGGCACGGUUUGCACGAGAAGGGAAAGACCACAAGGAAGCAGAGGAAAGAAAGAAAGAACCGUAUGAAGAAGGUCAGAGGAACAAAGAAGAGCAAGGUUGGAGCGGCUGCGGCCAAGAAGGGCAAAAAGUAAUGUGGCGGUCAGAGAUGUUGGUGUGGGACAGUGCGCGGGCCCACUUUGCUUCUGGUGUCGGUCUCUACUCCUCUAUCGAUUUCUGUUCUCUUCCGCUGCAAAUCCUAUCCUAGAUAUAUUUUUACUUCAUUUUUCGCCAUUUUCAGUAAUGUGUCCGGCUGCAUCGGAGGCCCAGGGGGCCAACAACUCGUCCCAAACGGCACUCCCUCACAUCCCUGUCAUUUCCUCUGUACUUUUUUUAAUGGUAAAGCUACAAUAAAUGCUAUUGUAAAUUCACAAAAACAA